CGGUACGGCCUUGGGUCCCCGGGCGCCGCUGCGGAUCUCCGGGCCGGGGUGCGCCGGUGACGCCCGCCGGCGGGCAGUCCUGCGGUGGCCGAGCCUCCCGCGCCAUGGACACCAGCGACCUGUUCACCAGCUGCAGGAAGGGGGAUGUGGGCCGAGUGCGGUACCUGCUGGAGCAGCGGGACGUGGAGGUGAAUGUGCGGGACAAGUGGGACAGCACCCCCUUGUACUACGCUUGCCUGUGUGGGCAUGAGGAGCUGGUGCUGUACCUGCUGGCCAAUGGAGCCCGCUGUGAGGCCAACACCUUUGAUGGCGAGCGCUGCCUGUAUGGGGCACUGAAUGAUGCCAUCCGCCGGGCUCUGCGUGAAUACAAGCAGGUCACAGCCUCCUGCAGACGACGGGAUUACUAUGACGACUUCCUGCAGCGGCUCCUGGAGCAGGGCAUCCACAGUGACGUGGUCUUCAUAGUGCACGGGAAGCAGUUCCGGGCACACCGCUGCAUCCUGGGUGCACGCAGCACCUACUUCGCCAACAUGCUGGACACUAAAUGGAAGGGCAAGAGCAUCGUGGUCCUUAGACAUCCCCUGAUCAACCCAGUGGCCUUCGGGGCCCUGCUGCAGUACCUGUACACAGGCCGCCUGGACAUUGGCGUGGAGCACGUCAGUGACUGCGAACGCCUGGCCAAGCAGUGCCAGCUGUGGGACCUGCUUGGCGACCUGGAGGCCAAGUGUGAGAAGGUGUCUGAGUUUGUGGCGUCCAAACCGGGCACGUGUGUGAAGGUGCUGACCAUCGAGCCCCCGCCAGCAGACCCCCGACUGCGGGAGGACAUGGCACUGCUGGCUGACUGUGCCCUGCCCCCUGAGCUGCGAGGUGACCUCGGGGAGCUGCCCUUCCCAUGCCCUGAUGGCUUCAACAGCUGCCCGGACGUGUGCUUCCAAGUGGCUGGUUGCAGCUUCCUCUGCCACAAGGCCUUCUUCUGCGGCCGCAGCGACUACUUCCGAGCCCUGCUGGAUGACCACUUUCGGGAGAGUGAGGAGCCAAUGGCUGCAGGGGGUCCCCCGGCCAUCACCCUGCAAGGCAUCUCACCUGACGUCUUUACCCACGCAGAUGGGCCCUUGGUAGGCUGCAGAGCAGAAGCGAGUGACAAGACUCAUGUCCUGAGCACAGGACCCUUGGGGAGCCAGCUGCUGCCCGAGGUGGCCUACGACGUGCUGAGCGUGGCUGAUAUGUACCUGUUGCCAGGCCUGAAGAGGCUGUGUGGCCGCAGCCUGGCCCAGCUGCUGGACGAGGACAGUGUGGUGGGGGUGUGGCGUGUGGCCAAGCUGUUCUGCCUGGCGCGGCUGGAGGACCAGUGCACUGAGUACAUGGCCAAGGUCAUCGAGAAGCUGGUGGAGCGGGAGGACUUCGUGGAGGCGGUGAGGGAGGAGGCGGCGGCAGUUGCGGCCCGUCAGGAGACAGACUCCAUCCCGCUGGUGGACGACAUCCGCUUCCAUGUGGCCAGCACAGUGCAGACCUACAGUGCCAUUGAGGAGGCGCAGCAGCGGCUGCAAGCGCUUGAGGACCUGCUCGUGUCCAUUGGCCUGGACUGCUGAAUCCCCGCCGGCUGUCUUGGGGACAAGCGUGUGUGUGUGUGUGUGUGUCUGCAUCUGCGGCUGCUUGUCCUGCUCCUCACAUACUUGAGGGCCCCACCGUGGGCCAAGGUGGUCCAGUGGGGCUCCCCUCAUGAGCCUGGGGACCCCAGGGGAGGUCUCCUCGGGAUGAGCCCCCUCCCCCAAUGCACAAGCCUGCCCCCAAGACUCUGGGGCUGGGCACCACUCAGGGAAAGCUGAGGUAGGGGUGGGCUUUGGUCUCCUGGCCCUCCCAGGACUGGGCCAGGCCUGGACGCCUCUCUGAGCCAGCUGCUCCCACACACAGGGCCAGUCAGGAUGGGCCAGGAGAGACCAUGUGUGGCAAUAAAGCUUGAAUUUGCUGUGGGAGCCUGAACCUGUGUCCUGGGGCGUGGCUGAGGAGGUGGGGCUUUUUGAGCAAGAGCUGGUGAGGAGCAAGCAGGGCUCUAGAGUUGGGGCUCGGACCUCCUCACUGGCACCACUCCUCUUGAGGUGCGUGAGGGGCUGCCUGGGUGCCCAGCAGAGGCAGGUUCAGAGCUCUGGCCAAGGAGACCCAGAUAUCUGCUGCUGAUCCCAGCCCUGGCCUGGGCCCAGCCUGGCUCCCUCCACACCUCGCCCGCUCUGGCCUCUGGCUGUUGGGGGCCUCAUUGCAGGAGAGGGGCUGAGGGCUGAAAUGACCAUUUUCUCUCUGCCCAGGGCCAGUCUCCUCCACAGACACCCAUCCCGCGCCAUCCUGCCUUUUCAACUCAGAGUGGCACACAGCCGUGGGCGGGGAGAGGAGUGUGUGACGGCUCCUCGGGCCUCUGCUACUGGGUGUCUGGCUCACCCUGUGGCUGUUUUGCAGGUCUUCAUGCCUUUUUACUGUGUCAUUUUCUAGAACUUUUUAUGUUUUUUUCUCUCCCUCCCCAGUGUUUUUUCAUCUGUUUUCCUCUUGCGUGUUAGUUGCAUGGGGGAAACUGUCAGGUCUGCAGUGACCAUAAUGAGUGCCCAGAUGGGACAGUUAUCCGGCAGUCGGGGAGGAGGGUGAUGAGUAUGUUGGACAGGAGGGAGGUGGCCUCUGGCAGCCCGGUAGGUGGGGAUGGUUCACAGGGUCAGAGGCCGGAGUUCCCUCCAUGGCACUGCAUUUUACUACCUGGUCACCGCUCUUUGCCCCAGUUUGCCCACCUGUAGAUUGGGAAUGAUUAUAAAGUAACUCCUUCCUGGC